AUGUUGGCCCUUGAUAUUUUUUGGAAUAGCCUCAUUCUCUGGGGGAGCCCCAUGAUUCUCUGGAAGAGCCUCACUCUUCUCAAACAGCAUACAGACCGUGCCCGAACAACAAGCGUAAACUUUCGCUGCUAG